CAUGGUCGGUCGGUUUCACUUCUUUGUUUUCUCGAGUUCCUGCACCGCAGCCACAGAGAGACAGUCACACACACACACACACAGGCACCCGAUGUGUUGGCACUAUGACCGACUGACCGCAAUUCUGGCGUCCAUUUGCUGCUGCCUCGUCUGCAGCUUCUCCUCUAGCUGAGCCGACAUCUCUGCCACCUGCAUGGAACCAACCCACACACACACGGCCCCUCUCCAUGCAUCAUGAACACACGCACGGACGCCCAUCUCUCCCACUUUUCUCCUGACGAUCUCGGCCAACAUGGGGUCGCUCGGCAGCUCGGGCUCUGCAGCAGACACAGACAUACACACGAGACACCUGCAAACACUUCGCUCACCAGGGAUGGUCUCGUCUUUGUGCUGUGUCUCUUCAGAUGGCUCCUCAGGGGCACCCUCGGCAGCAGCGGCAGCAGAUGGCUGCUCCUGGGACACAAGACAAUGAGACACUCGGCACGUCGCAAAGAUGAUUUGUCGAUUUUCUUGUAGUUCACCUCCUGAGUGGCGGCUUGUGUGGUCGGCUGCUGUGGGGGUGUCACCUCGACCGCAUCAGCCAGAGGGGGUGGGGGGAACGGCUGACAACACACAUGAGGACUCACGCAACGGAAGCAUGUGUGUGUGUGUGUGUCUCUGACGCUGUCUACUGUGUGUCAGGUUAGGUCAGUCACCUUUUCCACUUCGAGUUCCAUCUCGACCACCUCCAGCUCUCGAGGAUACACAAGGCAGUACUGAUACAACUUGUAAUGCUUGAAAUACCUGCACACAGCAGACAGACACCUGCACCUGUCUGUCUGUCGGUCUGUCUGUCGGUCGGUCUGUCUGUCUGUGUCUCCUUCAUCCUUUCCUGACGUACGUGUCGGUGGCGAAUUUGGUCAGCAGCUUCGCCUCAGGGACAGAAAAGACGCCGAGAGAGUUGGGCGGGGCCUCGAGUGAGUGAUGCAGCAUGCUCUCCUGGAAGACCUUGAAGGCCUCAUCCACCGUGAGCCGCCCCCCACGGUACUCACUCGUCUGCGCGACGAGAGGGCGUUCAUGCCAUCCAGGCUGCGUGUGGUCUCUCUGGUAACGCGCCUGCGAUGGGUUCUGCAUGGCAUCGAGGACCUUCUUCAUGACAGCGACAAAGACAGCAGCCUUCUCGGCGCUUAGACACAGCUCCUCGCAAUACCUACACACACAAGAGCAUUGUCAGGCAGAGAAAGAUCUCACUGCAGUGCAAGCAUGGACAUACCCAAUGUGGAAGUGAUGAAAGUCCACCAUCACAGGGGCCCUCGAGUCCUUGGCCACGUCUGCCGCCGUCAGCCCCAGCAUCUCCGUCAGCUGCUCCUUCUGCUCGUACACGUCUUUGCAUGACCAAAGGGCGGAGAUGUCCUCCUUCGUGAGCAACAGCUGUAGCCCUGUUGAGAGGGUGGUGGGCUCUUCUUGCUCGGCAUCGGCGACGCCUUCCUCUGCCAUUUCUUUUUUUCGCGCAAAGACU